AUGAGUUGGUUUGCUCGCUGCAGCCAAUACAUCACCGCCGGCAAAGCGUCUCCCGUCAUGUUGCAGGGCGCGGACAGAAGCGAUGACAUGCAGUGGAGCGAGAGGAGCGGCGAAUCUCCUCAACGUCGUGAAGAGGCCGGCGAAGCUUUCCUUCUUAACAAGAUGGAUAUUUCAGCGCUGUUGCAGCGCGUUAAACGCUAUAAGCCGCUACCGCGCACUGAAAACCACAACUUGAACUGGGAGGAUGUGUGCAAGGAUUAUCGCAAAUUUUUGGUACUCAAGCUUCUCCACCAUGAUACCGAUGCAUUGCUCUUCAUGCCACCUGAGCACGUGGGGUUCGUUUGGGAUUCGCACAUUGCCGACACCAAAGCAUACAAGAUCGCCAUGGAUACCAUUGGCAUCUUCUUCAACCACAAUCCUGAUUGCGUAGAAGAAUCGGACGAGUACCAAACACGCUACAAGACAGCGGUCUGGGCUUACGAGAAUCACUUCAACUGCAAACCUCCUGCCACCAUCUGGCCGCAGCCGCGCACAACAACGACCACCACCUCGUUGGCAGCUUCCCAGAAUCGAGAUCAGUCCAGCCCCGCGGCGCGCCACGGGAACAAGAGCGGCUCUGGAUUCGUCCUCAGCUCGAACGAUCGCACAGAAGGACCGGUGAUGAUUCUCAUCGAUACGGCAACUAAAGCUCUGGCCAUCCAAGUGUCCGUGCGAGAGCAUCUCAGCGAUGUAAAACGCCGUGUGCAGGAUGUCACGGGAAUCCCGGUGAGCGUACAGUACUUUAUCUACAAAAACAACCUCUUGCAUGCGGAUCAAACGCUCGAGGAAGUUGACAUUCUAAUUGGAAGCACUUUCCAUUUGUUGACGAGGCUGCAUAAAGAACGACUUCAGCCCUUUUCAAAUAAGGUGGAGGGGUUGACAAAGUCAUUUUUCGACCUCAAGAUCUAG